AUGCUUCAUCUACUUUCUUCCAACUUCAGACAAGUGUCACCGCCCCUGUCGAAAACUCAACACUGGAACAACUGCAAUUGUUUGCAGCACGUCAUAUCUCGACAGAAAAAGCCCAAUACAAAGAAAACAUUCAAGUUAGUAACUGCUUCAUUCCCGUCAAUUCAACUCAUUUCAUCUUUAAUUGGAGAUGAGCUACUUCCAUUGAAUGCAUACUCAUACUCGAGCCUAUCAGAUUUGAUUUAUGAUCACGGCGAUGAUGAGGAUUCCGAGGAUGAUGACGAUAAUGUUUUUCUUACUACUGAACACAUGAUCUUACAAAAUGAAAUCAAUGCAAAACUUGAUCAUUCACUGAAACGCGAGCAAUGGAAGUUUGAUCUAGUCCAGAUCUUGAGCGCUGUUCGAGAUACAAGUAAUUACAGAGAAAUGCUUGAAAGAAAAUCUCUGACCGAGCUUAUUCUAACUUACAAUCGAACAUUUGAUAAAAGCUCAAUUUGGAAUCCUGAGACGUCAACACGAUUUGUUCCUGUUUUUGGCUCUUGGGUGCCACCAUCAAAGCUACAGCUUACCACGGAUGGACCAUUACCGACCAAUCAUCCAUUAUUUAGUGAGACGUUCUUCCCGGAUGAAUCCCCACGUUCGGAUCAUUUGGAACUAUAG